CUUGCAACCGCGCGCUCUGUGCCCUCUCAACUCGGUCGAACUGGGGUGGAGUUCCAAGACAUUUUCAACUUCACGCGGGACCCUAGCGUAAGUCUAUUCGACAUUUCGACCUCUAUGGGAGCUAUGCCAUGCCGCUUUGGGCAAUCUUCCUCCUAGUUGAAGACCACCCUGUGGGCUAGGUCUUGCUUGAUCCUGGAACAGGGGACGAGAGCCUACAGGCCUGAGAAUGGGUGCUUGGAAUAAUCUGGCCAAUCCUAGAUCCCGGUCAAGCAGGGUUGGACCUCUAUCCGCACGACUCUGUUAACCUCCUCUCCAAACGAAUGGCUCACGGCUGCCCAUUAAGAUCUGGUAUAUAUGGUGGUGAAUCUCUUCACCAUCUAUCUCCAGACAGACUCCUUCUCUAUCACUACUUUCUUUUCCUUAAGGUAGACAUCACUGUCGCUUCUUUCUUAUUCGGAAGUCUAGGUCAUUCGUUUUCCUACUUCCUCCCUUCGUUUCCUUGCUAUAUCCAGUAAUUAUAAGAAACUACAUUUUCUACAAGAAUUUCAACCACUACCUAUCCAGGACAGUUAAAUCAAAAUGAAGUACUCCUUCACGCUUGUUGCCCUGGCUGCUGGCCUCAGCCAGGUCACGGCCACGGGCUUCGGAUUUCACAAUGCCCCCCAAUUCACCUGCCCCGAUAACACGAAUAACGUGUGUAUUCCCGACAUUGUAAAGGGUAUCGACUGGUCUGAUCUCCCCUUCGGCGGAUUCGAUUCGUACAAAGGAUUCAACUGGAGCGGCUUCACUUGCAGCGAGAAGUUUGGCAAGCGGGAUCAGUUGACUGCCCGGACUUUCCAGAGCAAGUGUAUUACCGGAACGGCUCAACAGGACAAGGGAAAGAGCCCUAAGAUCAGCUGUGAUAACAGCAAGGGUGUCACGAAGACCUCCAUCAAGAAGUUCCAGGUUUCGCCUGAGUUCGACUGUGACUUGGAGUUCCACUACACCAUGCCCGACGGAUCUGCUUGCAAGCACCGAUCUUCUUGCAAGGCUUCCGGUACCGUCGUCGAGAACACCCAGUGCGGUGGUGCUACCGACGUUACUGUCGUCUACCCUAAGCAGCCUUCUAUUCCCAAGGAAUCUUGCGACUUCGGCAUCCACCACAUCGACUUCGACUGCGAGGCCCCCAAGCCCUCUACGCCGACAAAGCCCGACACUCCCUCCAGCAGCUCUGCUGUCGUGAGCAGCAGCGCCUCAUUCCCUGCUAGCAGCAUCUCUACCAGCUCCGUUGCUGUAAGCAGCAGCGCCUCGUACCCCGCCAGCAGCGCGUUUGAGUCGUCGUCCGCCGUCGUCUCUAGCUCUGCUAGUGUCUCCGAGUCGACCAGCUCUUCGUCCGCUACCACUAGCCUUCCCAUUGGUGUCUCGUCCACUGUCAGCAUCCCCGUUGAAAGCGCCACCACUAGCCUUCCUAUUGGUGUCUCGUCUACCGUCAGUGUCCCCGUCGAAAGCGCCAGCAGUUCGGUGGCUACCCUCUCUUACCCCGGUGCCGACAGCACUACCGCUUCUACUGAGGCUGCUAGCUCUACCACCGAUGUCUCUUCUUUAUCUGUUACCAGCUACUUGACUACUUCUACUGUUUUCACUACCUCAGUCCAGACCAUCACUAGCUGUGGUCCUUCCGUUUCUAACUGCCCUGCUGGCUCGAACACAGUUGUCACCGUCACCCUCCCCCUCUCUACCACCAUCAGCCCUGUUACCGAGACUAUUGGUAUCUCUAUCCCGGCUGUCUCCAUCCCGUCGGUCUCUCUGCCGUCGAUCUCUAUCCCGGCUAUUUCUAUCCCAUCGGUUUCUCUCCCGGCUAUUUCUAUCCCGUCGGUCUCUAUCCCCGCUACUAAGCUCACUGAGUCUGCUGCCAAGCCUACCGAGUCUUCCGUUGAGUCGACUCCUGUUGGCCCCUCUGGUACUUCCCCUGCUUCCAGCAGCAGCAGCACCCCUGCCGGCCCCGUUGAGACUCUCCCUUGCCCUAACGUUGUUCCUUCUUGCUUGAACACCUGGAUGUUCAGCGUUGGCUGCAAGGACAACACCGACUCUGCCUGCUACUGCCCUGACGCCAGCUUCGUCAAGAACAUCUUCACCUGCCUGUACGCCCACGGUGAGUCCGACGAGGUCAUCUCUGAGGCUAUCAGCUACUUCCAGGGUAUCUGCGCUCCUUUCGUGCCCAGCAACCCCGGCAUUGCCACUGGUGCUGAAUCCAUCACCACCAUCCUCACUGCUACCCCUACUGCCCCUCCUGCUGCUGUCACCACCAUCGAGGUUGCCACCACUGUUGUUGUUCCUUGCACCAACGAGGCUGGUGAGACCAUCCCCAGCUCCAGCAGCACUGUGACCAUCCACACCAGCUUGACCGUCCCCGGCAUCGUCUUCAGCACUGCCACCAACGGUCCUAGCUCCACCGGUGUCGUUAUCGUCCCUGGCACCUACGUCGCUACCGUCCCGGCUGCUACUCCUACCGCCGCGACUCCGGCCUCAACCCCGGCCCCGACUGGUGCUGCCCCUUACCCUACUAUUGGUGGCUCCUCGACCCUGGUCACCGCUGCCCCCCCAGGCACCGGUGUCACCUACCCGACCUCGUCCCCGAGCAGCAGCACGGUGAUCGUCACUGCCGGCGCUGCCCACGUCGGUGCUGGCAUGGGCCUUCUCGGCUUCGCCGGUAUGGUCGUCGCCGCCGCUCUAUAAGGCGCGCAAGCAAUACAAUACUAGCAGUAGCCUCACCGUAGGCGAGUUUCUUUUUCUGUACAGUACAACAUGACCACUGCCGUCACAUAAGAUUCUUACGAUCCUUACGAACGAACUUGCAUAUUUUUGGGAACCUGGCAAAAAGAUGGGUUUUCUUUUAAUUUAAACUGAUACGCCGUCACACCGUGGUGGUUCGGUGGAGUAGCUUCUCCCGUGUCUCGAUGACGGCGAGUUGGGAGAGGUGGCACGGCUCGGGCGGGUGGAGUGUGUAUAAAAGCACGGAUGGACUUGUAGUAAUAGUAAUACCCCGAUAAAUUAUAGCUGAGCUUGAACUUUACUAUAUAUUUUCUUCAAAAA